GACAUGCUAAGACGUCAUCUUGCUGCGCAAAACAAGCGGUUGUUGACAGGCCGCAGAGGCGGCUGAAGGUGAGCUGAGUGGAUCCUAUCAUGCCUGACUGGGCGAGUUGUCCUGGGCCGAGGCCUCUGGGCUGGGGAUGAAAGAAACGGAUCCGAUGCAGAGUCUGGAGGGCUCCGGGGCCGAGAGGUCAGUCGGCACGCAGACGGGCAGCAUGACGGGUCAAAUACCAAGGCUUUCUAAAGUGAACCUUUUUACUCUGCUCAGUCUCUGGAUGGAGCUCUUCCCGGGAGUAGAAGCCCAAGGGCAAAAAUCUCAGAAAACUGAAGAGGAAACCCGUGGUCCCUUAGGAGAUAAUGAAGACUUGGCCAGAGUAUCUACUGACAAAAAACAGGUGAAGAAAACUGGUCUUGUGGUGGUGAAAAACAUGAAGAUCAUUGGUCUCCACUGUUCCAGUGAAGACUUGCAUACUGGGCAAAUUGCUCUUAUUAAGCAUGGGUCCAGGCUGAAAAACUGUGAUCUUUAUUUUUCAAGAAAACCGUGUUCUGCUUGUUUGAAAAUGAUAGUGAAUGCUGGAGUUAACCGAAUUUCUUACUGGCCUUCUGACCCAGAAAUAAGUUUGCUCACUGAGGCUUCUAGUUCUGAAGAUGCAAAGCUAGAUGCCAAAGCAGCAGAAAGAUUGAAGUCAAACAGCCGGGCCCAUGUGUGCGUCCUCCUCCAGCCGCUGGUGUGUUAUAUGGUGCAGUUUGUAGAGGAAACUUCUUACAAAUGUGACUUUAUUCAAAAAACUGCAAAAGCAUUGCCGGGUGCUGACACUGAUUUUUAUUCUGAAUGUAAACAAGAAAGAAUAAAAGAAUAUGAAAUGUUAUUUUUGGUUUCAAAUGAAGAGAUGCAUAAGCAGAUACUGAUGACUAUAGGUCUGGAGAACCUGUGUGAAAACCCCUAUUUUAGCAAUCUAAGGCAAAACAUGAAAGACCUGAUCCUACUUUUGGCCACAGUAGCUUCCAGUGUGCCCAACUUGAAACACUUCGGAUUCUACUGUAGCAACCCAGAACAGAUUAAUGAAAUUCACAAUCAGAGUUUGCCACAGGAAGUUGCAAGGCAUUGCAUGGUGCAGGCCAGGUUAUUGGCUUAUCGAACUGAGGAUCAUAAAACAGGAGUCGGAGCUGUCAUUUGGGCAGAAGCGAAAUCUAGAAGCUGCGAUGGGACUGGAGCCAUGUACUUCGUAGGAUGCGGGUACAAUGCCUUUCCCGUUGGCUCCGAGUAUGCUGACUUCCCGCACAUGGAUGACAAGCAUAAGGACAGAGAAAUACGGAAGUUCAGAUACAUCAUACAUGCGGAGCAGAAUGCUUUGACAUUUAGAUGUCAAGAUAUAAAACCGGAAGAACGCAGCAUGAUUUUUGUGACGAAAUGCCCUUGUGAUGAGUGUGUACCUUUAAUCAAGGGUGCAGGCAUAAAGCAGAUCUAUGCUGGCGAUGUAGACGUUGGGAAGAAGAAAGCAGACAUCUCCUACAUGAAGUUUGGGGAGCUCGAGGGCGUCCACAAAUUCACAUGGCAGUUGAAUCCGUCUGAAGCUUAUAGUCUUGACCCAGAUGAGCCUGAAAGGAGAGAAAAUGGUGUACUGAGGCGCAGGUCUGCAAAGGAAGAGCAGCGCAGCAACAAGAGGCCACGUCUGGAAACCCGCUCUGCAGGCCGGGCUACACUGCAGUAACCCACAUGCUUUCUUACUGCACCUCUCAAAUGCAGCCUGUGGGGUUGUGACUAACUGAGAAGCUUUUACAGGGCUGAGUUGUAAUUAGCCUCUGAGUGCUGUUACCUCGGAUCUUUUUACCUCAGCAUGCAGUGUGUUCUUCCACUACACCAAAUGGGGUAGCAAUAGUUUGAGACCAGUACAAGACCUGGACUGCUGCUGUUGAUCCAGAUGCUCUGAAGCCAGUUUCAGAACGGUUCAUUCACAGGAGGGGAUCUUCCUUUGACAAAUAGUAGUUCCUGUGGAUUACAAGGAUGACAAUCAGUAACCCUCCAGGCAAUAAGAUUCCUGGCCGUCUUUUAAGGCUCCAUGUAUAAAUAACUGAAAGGCUGCAUAACACUAAAUCCUUCUAGCCAGGACCUGCUGAAAUAGACUGACUUAAAAUUGCUGUGCCUACUCUCCAUUUCACACGAGUUUUGUAAGUAGCCUGGGGAUUUAGGUCAGUGGAGCAGUGCUGUGAGAGCAUGUGCCAGGCCCUGAGUUCCCUCCUUAGCACCUCAAAACAAAUAAAAUGUAAUCUCACCUAAA